GGGGGAAGUUUAAAAAAAGAAAUAAAAAUAAAACAUAAAGAACUGAGGCUGGCGGCACCGACCGAACCGUUGCACUCGGAGACGAAAGGCUGACGGCAAUCCGACUCACACUUACUCUGUACAUACAAACGCCUCGAAAGCACAGUUUCUCCUAUAAACGACAACAGGUGUGGUCUUACUCACGCCGCUUCCGCUACGCAUCAAUUGGACAAUCGUCCCACACAACUUCGAGGCACACACAUAUACACGCACACGCACACGCACACACACAACCCAAUGUCGCGAGGAGGACGAGGCGGUGGCCGUGGUGGUCGCGGCGGCCGCCAGGGGCCGCAGCUCUCGUGGGACAAUGGCGAACACGCCCCCGACACGCGGCCCUCGGAGCUGUUUCCUGCCUACGCGAUACCGACGGCGAAACCCCUCUCGGACCUCGAGCGCGCAAACGUCAACGCCUUCCUCCUCUUCCGCCGGCAAUUCCAGGACGGGCCCCUCUACACCCGCAAGCGCACCUGGGGCAUCGACCCGGGCAACACCCGCAAGCUAUACGGCCAGGACCAGGUCAACGCGAAGUACGGCGUGCGCACGCGCGGCACCGCCGACCCCUUCACCGCCGUCCCCACCUACUCGCAAAAGUUCGCCCGCCCGGAGCGCGCCCUGCCCGAGUUCGGCGGCCGGCCCUUCUGCAAAGAGUUCUUCCCGCAGGAGCUGCACGAGACCCUCGACGGCGACGACGUGGCGCCCGGCGAGCGGCGGCGCGGCGGCGAGGCCAAGAGGCUGAAGCUGAGCCGCAUCACGGCGCUGCCGACGGCCGAGGACGUGUUCCACGUUGGUGGCGCCGGUGAGGACGGGGAAGGGGGCCCCGGCGACGACAAGAAGAAGCUGGAGGCGCUCGAGAGGAUGGGCGAGGGCGAGGGCGAGGGCGCCGCCGAGGACGAGUGGGAGGGCGGCGAGGAGGAGGAGCAGGACGUCGAGUACGACGACUCGGACGCCGGCGACUACGACGCCGAGAACUACUUUGACGACGGCGAGUUCGGGGACGAUGACGGCGGCGGCGGCGAUGACGAACACGGAGGCCGUGAGGGGUCGUACUGAGCAUGAUCCACGCGAGGCACACGGGGGGAGUAUGUGUGUGUGUAUAAGGGAUGGAUGGGACGAAGAAGGGGUGAAGAGUGACAUGAAACAAAUCGCACAAUCACCCGGCGUUGGGCGGACGAGCGGCUUUGCUGAGCGGAUUACAGCUCCCAGAUACCCCAUCGAUUACCUCCUUGCGAGGUAGAUACAAACAACCAAAACACAAAUUUCACUUCAGUCUUGGCACCUGUCUCUCUUGUCCCUAUU